UUUCCUCUCCUCUGAGAGUCCUUUUUUCUUGCUUUUCCUUGAAGAGCGUCUGCAGAUUCUCUGGAAUUCGCAGUUCCCAAAACUCAAAUAAAAGAAGAAACGGGAAAAGGGUAUCAAAAAAAUCCCACAAAUUCGAGCUUCUGCUUCUGUUCUAUACCAAGAAACUGGAGCCCGAAACGAAACAUUAUAUAACCGACCUUCCUUCCUUCCAGGAUGAAAUUUGCUACCAGCCUUAUGAACUGCGGCUGUGCUCACUUGUGACCCAUUGUGAUCACGAAACUCACUCUUAAACCGGUGAGUGCUUUCGAAUCAAAUGCCGAGAGAUGGAUAUUGGUUCUAUUAUCUGGCUGCAUUUUUGUGAGGGAAGUAGCACCCUAGCUUAAUGGCUCAAGAUCAUUCUAGUUGUGAAUCUCAUCAGAAACGAGCUGGUCUAUUAAAAGACCAAGUGAGGUUGUUUAAGAGGAAGGAUUCUGACCGCUAUGAAAUAGUUUCAAUCCAAGAUCCUUUGUCGUUUGAGAAAGGGUUCUUCAUAGUUAUUCGAGCCAGUCAGCUUCUAGCUCAGAAGAAUGAUGGAAUAAUAUUGGUUGGUUUAGCUGGUCCUUCUGGGGCUGGAAAAACUGUAUUUACAGAAAAGAUUAUGACCUUUAUGCCUAGUAUUGCUAUCAUAUCCAUGGAUGAUUACAAUGAUGCAAGCCGAAUUGUUGAUGGAAACUUCGAUGAUCCACGUUUGACUGACUACGACACCUUGCUCCAGAAUGUACAAGAUUUAAAAGCAGGGAAGCAAGUCCAGGUCCCAAUUUAUGAUUUCAAAUCCAGUUCCAGAGUUGGAUACAGGACCAUUGAGGCUCCCAGCUCAAGGAUUGUGAUCAUUGAAGGAAUUUAUGCUUUAAGUGAAAGGUUGAGGCCCCUAUUGGACCUUAGAGUAUCUGUUAGAGGUGGAGUGCACUUCGACCUUGUGAAGAGGGUGUUACGUGACAUCCAACGUGCUGGCCAAGAACCAGAAGAAAUUAUUCAUCAAAUCUCUGAAACAGUGUAUCCAAUGUACAAGGCUUUUAUCGAACCAGAUCUUGAAACUGCUCAUAUAAAAAUCAUCAACAAAUUUAAUCCCUUCACAGGAUUUCAAAGCCCCACAUACAUUCUGAAGUCAGCGAGAAAGAUAAGAGAAGAUCAAAUUAAGGCUGUGUUAUCUGAAGAUCAUAUAGAACAUAAAGAGCAGACAUAUGAUAUAUAUCUGUUGCCACCAGGUGAAGAUCCAGAGUCUUGUCAAUCAUAUCUAAGGAUGCGCAAUAAAGAAGGAAAAUACAGUCUCAUGUUUGAGGAAUGGGUUACUGAUAAUCCAUUUAUCAUAUCUCCAAGAAUAACUUUUGAGGUCAGUGUGCGGCUUCUAGGUGGGCUGAUGGCCUUAGGAUACACAAUAGCAACGAUUCUUAAAAGAAGCAGCCAUGUAUUCUCAGAUCAGAGAGUGUGUGUGAAAAUCGAUUGGCUGGAACAAUUAAACCGCCAGAAUGUUCAGGUACAGGGAAAAGAUCGUCUCGUCGUAAAACACGUAGCGGAGCAGCUGGGAUUGGAUGGUUCCUACAUUCCUCGUACCUAUAUUGAACAGAUUCAACUGGAAAAGCUUGUAAAUGAAGUCAUGGCUUUGCCUGAUGAUUUGAAGUCUAAACUCAGUCUUGACGAAGAUUUGGUUUCAAGCCCCAAAGAAGCACUCUCUAGAGCCUCUGCUGAUAGAGUUUCCUUGAGAAAUAGGAAUCUCAAAAGUGGCAUAUCUCGGUCAUAUACAACCCAAAGGGAGAAAAAGAUGACAGGAUAUGCUUCCAACCACCAGAGAUUUGUUGACAGAAACUCAGAGUCUCCGGCAAUGCUUGCAAACCAGGGAGCCAUGACUCAGCUUUCUGAGCAAAUUUCAUCACUAAAUGAUCGGAUGGAUGAGUUCACAACUCGAAUUGAGGAGUUGAAUUCAAAGUUGAGUUUCAAGAGGAAUUCACCCAGCCAACAGAACAUGAAUCUCCAAGCAGAAACGUGUAAUGGCUCUGUGCCAACUUCUUAUUUCGUGUCUGGGUUGGGUAAUGGUUCCUUGACUGGAUCCAUUAUGCCCAAUUCUUCAUCUUUCCCCCAGUUGGGCAAGGAAUCUCCUUUAAUGGAUGAGAUAUCAGGAAUUGCGAGGGGGCAACGACAAGUUAUGCACCAACUAGAUUGCCUGAGCAAUCUCGUCCGGGAACGCGAAAGCGGGACCGAAAGAUCUCGUCAAGUAAGAACAAAGAAGAAAACCAUAAUGCCUGAUCCUGAGCCUCUUACACUUCCUCUCCUGUUGACCAUAGCAGUUGGUGGUGUAGGAAUUUUCUUGUACAAGGGGCUCUUAAGACGUAACUGAUUCCCUCCCUCCCCUAUCCCUCAACUCAUUCAAUAGAUUAGAAGCUUUUCAUCAUUGUCUUCAGCUUCGGCUUCCACAAACUGUGUUGCAGUCAUCGCCCUUCGACACCGGAAGGACACAGACGACGAAUCAAUCUCGAUGAUUGAGAACAGUAUCGUUUAGAGAGAUUCUGAAAGCAGCAGAGAAAGUUUGAGCUUUCAAGAUCCUCUGAGUGUGUAAUAAACUACUUUUCAGUUUGUGGAGAUGCCUCAUUCAUUUCAGUUCAAUAACAUUUAUAUCUGCUUGCUUUUUGUUU